AUGGCUUGCACAGCGCCAUUAUUGCCGGUAUUAUCCUCGCCGGCUACGUCGGAGGCUGCAUCGGCUUCUCCGGAAGUCUCGUCCCCGGCAACGUCAAACGACGAGUACGAGGAGCCUGAACGAGAAAUCUACACAAUCCAUGACCUCCUGCUCACGCGAGCCAAUGGAAAAGCAGCCGAUGAACCCAUUGUCGCAUACCCUUCCAAGGACAUCGAUUAUGUAUACUACACUCCUCGUCAGUUACAUGACUAUGUGGAGGCUGCAGCUAUUCACUAUGCGGAGAUAAUUCCUCAACGUCGGUCAUCAGAGGAUCCUGUGCAGGUGGUGGGCUUACUUGGCCCUUCUGACUUUGAAUACCUCAUCACAUUGAUGGCCAUUUCGAGACUGGGGCACACAGUGCUGUUGCUUUCGACGCGCAUCGCUGAGGAUGCCUAUGUCAGCUUGGUCGAUGCCACCAAAGCCUCCUUUCUCAUCGCUCAGGACGGUUUCAAGGCUAUGGCGGACAACGUAAGCAGCAGGACGGGUGUGAUCGUGCAACCGGUGUUAAAGCGCGAGGACUAUGACAGCUCCAUCACCGGCAAGCUGGUCCUUGAGGCGAGCGAAUUUGACGGACCGACGGAGGCAAAGAACGUGUGCUGGAUCAUUCAUUCAAGCGGUUCAACAGGACACCCUAAGCCGAUCUAUCAGACGCAUGCUGGUGCAUUGAAAAAUUACGCCAACAACUUCGGUCUCAAGGGAUUUAUCACGCUGCCCCUCUUUCAUGCCCAUGGCAUUAGCUGUCUUUUCCGAGCAAUUCACUCGCAGAAGCUAAUUUACAUGUACAAUGCGAAGCUACCAUUGACGGCCUCUUGCUUGUUAUCCACGCUGCAGGGACACCCAGAUAUUCAAGUGCUCUAUGCCGUCCCAUACGCCUUGAAACUUCUUUCCGAGUCAGAACAGGGCCUCGAAUCCUUGGCACGGAUGGAGCUGGUCAUGUUUGGUGGCUCGUCCUGUCCCAAGCCAAUUGGCGACACGCUUGUGAAGAACGGCACAUUACUGGUCUCCCAUUAUGGAACAACGGAAACGGGACAGCUGAUGACAUCCUUCCGGGAGCGCUCCGAUUUGGACUGGGAUUAUGUUCGACCGGGGCCCUCCUUGCUGCCAUAUAUCCGGUGGGAAGAGCGAUUCCCUGGGAUCUACGAACUCUCGGUCCUGGAGGGUUGGCCAUCGAAGGUGGCGAGCAACCGCCCCGAUGGAUCCUAUGCGACAAAGGAUCUGUUUGAGAAGCAUCCAUCCAAGCCCAAUGCCUGGCGCUACUACGCUCGCCUGGAUGAUACACUUGUGCUGGAGAAUGGCGAAAAGGCUAACCCUCUCAUCAUCGAGGGCGUGGCUCGUAACCAUCCGGACGUGGGCGAGGCGAUUGCUUUUGGUGCCAACAAGGAUCGCCUAGGGUUAUUCCUCGUCCGCGCAGCCAAUACUGUGAACAAGACUGACGAAGAGGUCAUUGAUGCCGUCUUUCCUGCCAUCGAAAAGUGCAACGCGGACUCCCCCUCCUAUGCUCACAUCUCGCGUGAUAUGAUUCAAGUCCUCCCUCCCAAUACGGUAUAUCGCGCAACCGACAAGGGAACCGUGAUCCGCUCUGCAUUCUACCGCGACUUCCAAGAGCAGAUUGAACAGGUCUAUGAGCAGGGCGAUGCGACGGGUGAUCAAGUCUUGGAGGGAAUCGAGUUGAAUACUUUUCUCCGGGAAAGCUUGCUGGAAGUGGCCCCAACGAUCAAUUCUGCUGUGUUGGAGGAUACCACCGACGUAUUCAGUCUUGGUGUCGACAGCCUACAGUCGAUUCGCUUACGGAAAAUAAUCACCAAGACGCUGAACAUCGGCGGCCAGAGACUAUCCCAAAACUUCGUCUUUGAACACCCCUCUAUUCAACGCAUGGCAGACGAAAUCACCCGACUCCGUCUAGGCCUCGACGCCGGCAAACAGGUCCCCAUCGAGGAACAGAUGUCGCAGCUUAUUGACAAAUACAGCAACAAUUUCAAGGCGCAUAUACCAGUACUGCAAGCGGUCAAGGGAGAGCGUAUUGCUGUGACCGGGGCCACGGGCUCGCUGGGUGUUCACCUCGUGGCGCAGCUGGUUCAGAUGGAACAGGUCCAUACCGUGUUCUGCCUGGUUCGGGCAAGUUCUGCGCACUCUGCCCUUCGCCGAGUGCGCCAAAGUCUUUAUGAUCGGGGUUUACUAUACAACUUAAGUCCCGCUGAUGAACGCAAGAUUGUUGCUUUGCCCGCACAACUCUCCAACGCAUCUCGCCUCGGCUUGGAUGAACCCACUUACACGCAGUUGACUCAGUCUCUGACUGCAGUGAUCCACUGUGCUUGGUCCGUCAACUUCAACUGGUCUCUGGGUAGCUUCGAGGAUAGCUGUAUUGCUGCGACCCGCCAUCUGCUCGACCUAUGUCUAGAUUCCCAGGCGCCUAUGCCCGCAAAGUUCUCUUUCUGCUCGUCUGUGAGCACAGUGGCUCGGACCCCAGGCCACUGGGUACCGGAAGAGUUGCCGGAGUCCUUGUCAUACGCCCAGGGCAUGGGCUACGCGCAGUCAAAGCUCGUGACAGAACACAUUGUCAACCGCGCCGCGCAACACACUAACAUCGCUGCCCGCGUCUUACGUGUGGGCCAAAUUGUUGCGGAUACCGUCCAUGGCAUCUGGAAUGCUACAGAGGCUAUUCCGAUGAUCCUCCAGACGGGCAAGACCAUCAAAGCUCUUCCUGAACUAGACGAUGUUCUUUCCUGGACCCCUGUUGAUGUCAUCGCAAACAGCGUCAUUGAACUCGCACUGGGAACGGACGUAGCGGACAUCGUCAACCUGACCAAUCCCACCCUCAGUCACUGGACUCGCGACCUGCUUCCGCUGCUCAAAACUGCUGGGCUAGAAUUCGAGCAAUUGCCCCAGCGAGAGUGGUUGAACCGUUUGCGUCAGUCUAACCCAGACCCAGCUGCAAAUCCUCCGAUCAAGUUAAUCGAGUUCUUCGCUAGCAAGUACGACCAUGAUCGGCCUAGUCGAGUCCUCCUCUAUGACACAAAGAAGGCCCAGGCCGGUGCACCAGCCUUGCGUCAAGCAGGAGGACUCAAUGCACAGUUUGUGUCGCGAUUCAUGGGGCAUUUCCGAAACCAAUGCUGGUCAAUCAAGGAUAUAACAUCUGUCUCCAAGAAGUCCCGUGAGGUCAUCUUCCUGGCAGGUCCCUGCGGCUGCGGUAAAAGUACAGCCGCCGAGGCAUUGGCGCAACGAUUUAGCAUGCCCAUCAUUGAAGGUGACGAUCUCCACUCUCCAGUAUCCCGACAGCGGAUGGCCAACAAUAUUCCUCUCACCGAUAGCGACCGGUGGGACUGGUUGGCUCAUAUUCGGGGAGCGGUAAUGGACCGACUUCAACACUCGGCAGCACCAGCGGUGGUGGUAACAUGCUCGGCACUCCGGGCUAUCUACCGCGACGAACUACGACGCUUGUCGCGACUAUUUGAUUUCCCCGUCAAUGUUACCUUUCUUAUGUUGUCCAUCAAGGAUCGGGCGCAGCUCAAGGAACGCCUCAUUGCUCGGUCUGCUAAGGAGGGUCAUUAUAUGAGCUCCGCUAUGGUCGACUCGCAGUUGGAUACGUUGGAGAGUCCAUCUGGGUCUGAAAGUGAUGUGAUUUCGCUGGACUCUGAUCAACCGAUGGAGGAGAUGCUUCACGGAGUGGAGGAGGUUGUUCAGGGGCUUCUGGAUAUAUGA